UGACUACUCCCUGCAUCCUGUGUACUCUCCGCUUUGACUUCUUGCUGCAUUUUUGCCUCCGACGUUCAAAAUUGUGGAUCUAUCACCUGCAGUUCUUUUCGUCACCCUUCACAAGUUCAACGCUCAACCAUGGCUUUUACCUAUGAGGAAGUUUUGGAAUUUCUUCACACGAUUGAUGCAGGCAAACUCGACGCCGCCCAAACGCUCGAACUCGUGCUUGUACUGCGCAAGGCUCUGGUGAAAAUUGAAUCACCGUGGCAGAGAAUGCAAAAGCUUGUGUGGGAAGCCUCGGGAUACGCUGCGUCACUGAAGGCCGUCCAUGAUCUAGGUAUCUUCAAAAACUGGUUGGCACGCGGCAAUAGCACAGCUACCUUUGCGGAGGUUGUGAAAAUGGCCAACAGCUUCUGCGACGAGGACGUCUUGCGUUCGUUGCUGAGCGUAUUGGUCUUUGAAGGCACACUGACUUUCAGCAUGCCCGAUUCCUACGGACAAAGCGAGUUUUCGAGAACUUUGGGCGAGCCCUCCAUGGCAGCAUGCCUGGAAUAUUGGUUUGAUGUCCAGAUGCCUUCACUGCAUCGCUUUCCCGAAUCCCUCAAGCUGACAUCUUAUCGGGCACCUACUGACCCUACGAAGACCGCCUGGAACUUAGCCACGGGAUCACCAAACCCUUUCUUCCAAUGGCUGCAAGAGAAUCCAAAAACAAUGGGGGAUUUUGCGAUGGUCAUGGAACGCUACGCCAGCUCACAAUUAGACUGGACGUCACUCUAUCCUGCAGAGACUCUCCUCGAAGGAUCUGACGCGGAAGCCAUUGUAGUUGAUGUUGGCGGAAGUCGUGGUCACGACCUGUUGAAAUUCGUUGACAAGUUCGGUAUUCCUGCAAAGUCUUGCCAUUUGCUGGAUAGGCCAGAGGUCAUCGAGGUCGCGAAGGGCGUUGUCCUCGACCGCGUGACUCUACAUGGUCUCGACUUCUUCAAGGACGAAAUCCCCAUCAAAGGGGCGCGCGCGUACUAUCUGCACAGUAUCUUGCACGAUUGGAACGACGAUCUUGGGCGUCAGCUUCUGGUACGUCUAAAGAGCUCCAUGGCACCUCACUCGAAGAUUCUUCUCCACGAGUUGGUCAAGUUGGAAGACAGCUCGAAAGAUUUCGCGUCACUUAGUGAGCUCACUAUGAUGGCGAUCCUCGGCGCAAAAGAAAGAAAUGAGCGCCAGUGGCGAGAUCUCAUCCACUCCGCAGGCUUGACUGUUACGAAGAUCUACUCAUCGCCGCACGCUUCUCAUUGUAUUAUCGAAGCUGUAGCCAAAUGAUGCGACGGAGUUCUUGUUACGAUCCCGUGACGCGGCACUGGCGAGGUGAUCGAAAAGGGAUAACGACAGUCAUUGGGCUGUUGUCGGGUGCGUAUGAUGGCUGCGGAGCACGAUCGUCGGUACGGUGUACUAUUGGAUACACCUUUUGGAAAAAUCCCCCUUCUUAGAUACAUCUCUGCCGUCUGCUUCUGAGUGCGUUUGAUCGCGCACGGACUUCGAAGGAGGCCUUCGAAGUCCGUGCAUACUUUCUGUGUCGUGAUGUGCGGCGGGCAUUCACUGUCGUUGUUGUGAUUUGUGUAUUUUUAGGUUCGU